GGUAGUUUAAUUUUCGAGACUUCAGCCUUAUCUCGCUCUCUCUCCUGUCGAAGCCCCUAAUACUCUUGAAUCGCGAACCCUAUUCCCUCACCAGUCACCUCUCCCGACUCCGGCAAUCCCUCCAUCUUCGCUGAUCGUCCCGAACGCAGAAUCCGACGCCUUCGUUGCCGUCUCUUCCAUUCACUGCACGGCCUGCAACUCUGCAUCGGCUCUUCGCCUCUCCCUCUCUGGCUCUCCAGCCCUCCUCCUGUUCUCCAUCGUCGUUGAACCCAGAAUUCUAAAUAUAGAGACACAGGCUCUAGCUUGAUUUGAGAUUUCUGUGGCCAAACACUGAAACGGUGAAGAUCAGAGAGUCUGAGUCUUUGAAAUCUGACAAAUGUCACAACUCUGACCUCUUAACUCCAACGAAUCAACGACAAGGUCUACCAGCAGAGUGGCCAAUUUUUGAGUUCGUGAAGACGUCAACGACUGCAACUAGAUCUGGGCCAUCUGAUAGCAGCGGUCAGCAGUUGGUGUCGGUUAGCAAUGGAGUCAGAGGUCAUAGAAGCAAACAUUUUGUUGCCUCAGCAUCUCAGUUUUAAGAGGGUACAAAUGUCAGAGAAGUACCCUAAAGGGCAGGCAAGGGGCAGACAUUGGAAACAUUUAAAGCAGAUAAUUCAAGCUGAAAAUUACCAGACUUAUCCUGCAAACGAACCAAACUAUGUUAACAUUGAGUCACCACCCUCUAUGUAUCCAUCCAAGAAAUUCUGUGAUAUAACUGGAUUUGAGGCACCAUAUGUUGACCCAAGGACAAACCUCCGUUAUGCAAAUUCUGAGGUUUUUAAGCGUAUUAGGGCGCUUCCCAAUGAGUACGUGCAGAGAUAUCUGGCUCUUAGAAAUGCUGCUAUCGUCUUAAAAUAGUUAUAGUUUGGAUUUUUGUAUAUUUUUUUGGCUGUCAUCGAUUAAGUUGAAUCCAAUGUAAAGUUAUUUCUGCAGAUCAUGUAUGAAUACUUGUUAAAUGAAAACUUCCACCAAAAUAUGGAACGAAUGUUAUUUGUUAACCAUAGAGAAAGGGUUGAGUGACUGAUUAAAAAAUAAAUAGAGAAAGGGUUGAGCGGACUCGUAAUGUCUAA